UAGACCUUUAAUCAUUCUUGUCGCUCUUCUCUGGACCCUUUCCAAUUUCUCCACAUCUUUCUUGAAAUGUGGCGCCCAAAACUGGACACAGAUAGCGAAGGGGACCUGUCCCUGGCAGGGUGCAUGGCAGGCAGGGACAAUUGUAGGGGAGAUGGCGGAGCCGAUUGUGGGGAUGGGAAGUUGGCAGUAUAGAGUGGAUCCUAGUGUGGGAUAGAUCGGGAGGUGACACAGAGGGCAGGGUUGGACGGAUCAUAGAGCAGGUCAUAGGGCGCAGCAGGGCAGAUUGCAAAGGAUGGCAGGCGGGACAGAUGGCAGUUGCGGUGUGGAUGGCGUGGCAGGACUGAUCAUGGGUCAGAUCGCAGGGCAGGGUCAGUGGCAAAGCAGGUCGGAUCACGGGACAGGAUCGAUUGCAGGACAGGACAGAUCCUGGGGUGGAUGGUAAUGCGGAGAGGGACCCAUUGCAAGGCGGGGCUCACGCAAAUUGCAGGAGACCCUGGAGAAUGAUACGAACAGUUACUGGCUCCGAGGUGGGAUGGUGCGUUAUAACCCCUGCUCGGUGUCUGUUCCCCGUGCUGAGCAAGCCAGGGGUUGCCCGAGGAAAUGUCCGUCCAGCACGUUGCCAGCCUGUGGGACUCUCUGGCACAGGACACUGGGCAGCAAGGAGUGAGCAAAGUCUCAGGGAGACAGGUCCAAGGCUGGCCACUAGCCAUGACGGCCUGUGAUGCAGUCCCCGCCUGGGAUGACCCCGAACCUCUAACAGCCAGGAGGGGAAGGCAGGUGUGUCCCACAAUCAUGGCUCUGUUCUGUUUGCUCCUGCACCACAUGCUGUCCAAGAGAGGGUGCCCCUUCCUGUCUUGCAAAGGGGCUGAGGGGUUCCCAGCCUGAUGGCUCAGCAAAGGGGAAUGUCCAUCCUGUUUGUCAUUUCACACUGAGGGCCUUGGACAGCUUGCUCCUUUGCCCCCCACAUGGCUGCAGUCCUGCCAAGGAGACCAGGCAGACAUGCUAGCGCUGGGCUAUCAGGGGGCUGUGAGUCGGGAUUUAGGGGUGCCAUCAGAACUGGGGAGUGGGAGAUCUGUCCCAGGAAAUGGACGGAUCUCCCAUUAACUCCUUUGCUUCCGGGCCCUAUUGGAAGGAGUUGGUCCCAAUAGUCUGUGAGUCAACCCCCAUGUCUCCCCCCGUAAAGCCAGGGCUUAAUCGGGGCUUGGGUGUGAUUAGUCUUUGGCAAAUCCGCUUGGCUCUGCAGCUAAGCCCGUCUUUGCAGCCCUGGGGCUGUGCUGGGCGCAGCACAGCCGGGGGAUAAGCCCCGCUCAGCUGAGCUUUCCAGUUUUAGGGGCGAUUAAGGAGCCAGUGUUAACUGGGGCAAAGACAGAUCCCACUGCCCCUCCCUGUGUGAUCCAGGGUGCCCCCCAGCUUCCUAAGGUAUAAAAGACCCCUCUCCUGGCCCCUCCGCCACUCGCUGCCACCCGCCAUGGCCCCCUCACCGGCCUGAGUGCCCAGUGACAUAGGGCUGGAGUGAGCAGAGGCACAGAAACGCUCCCCUCUCUAGCCUCAGCCACUGCGUUCCCUCCUUCCUGCUGGUGUUAGCUGGUUGUAUGUCUGUCCAUCCAUCCGCCCACCCGCCAUCUCUCUCUGCCUGUCUGUGUUUGUCUCUCGUUCCAUAAAUACGCCUCCAUCCAUCCCGUAGCUUCUCCUGCCCCGAUUUCCACAAACACCUUGCCCCACUGCCCCCAUCCACCUGGGCCUCCCCUUCCCAUCAGCCAUGCACAAGACCCGUGACUUGUGGGAUGACCUCCCGGAGGAUUUUUUCAUCCCGGUGCCUCUGGACACAAGCAAUCUGACAGCGCUGAGCCCCUUCCUGGUGCCGCAGACUCACCUGGGCAGCCCGGCCAUCUUCAUGGGCAUGUCAGCCUUCAUGUUCCUGCUCAUCGUGUUGGGCAUGCCCAUCAACAUCCUCACCGUCUUCUGCACUGCCAAGUACAAGAAGCUGCGUUCCCACCUCAACUACAUCCUGGUCAACCUGGCUCUGGCCAACCUGCUGGUGGUCUGUGUGGGCUCCACCACGGCCUUCUAUAGCUUCUCCCACAUGUACUUCGCCUUGGGCCCAACGGCCUGCAAGAUCGAGGGAUUCGCCGCCACGCUAGGGGGAAUGGUGAGUCUCUGGUCUCUGGCCGUCGUGGCCUUCGAGCGAUUCCUGGUGAUUUGCAAACCCCUGGGGAACUUCACGUUCCGUGGCACCCACGCCAUUAUCGGCUGUCUUGCUACCUGGGUCUUGGGCCUCGUGGCGUCUGCACCCCCUCUCUUUGGAUGGAGCCGGUACAUCCCCGAAGGGCUGCAGUGCUCAUGCGGCCCUGACUGGUACACGACCAACAACAAGUGGAACAAUGAGUCCUACGUGAUCUUCCUCUUCUGCUUCUGUUUUGGGGUCCCCCUGGCCAUCAUCAUCUUCUCCUAUGGCCGCCUGCUGCUGACGCUGCGCGCUGUUAGAGAGGAUCUCAACAAUAUGGCCACCCUGUGCGGAUUAAGGUGGGUCCCACUUAUAUGGCUGCCCAACAUGAAUGAGGAUGGCUCCCACCAAGAUGGCUGAGGUGAGUGAAUGAGGGUGGGUCCCUGCACUAGGUGGGUCCCUGGAGGUGGACGGUCAUGUCUGCAUGGAAUAAGGUGGGUCCCAGCAAUAUGGUCGCCAUGCCCCAUAGAUGACACACUGGCCACUGUACCCCAAAUGUGAGGGCAGGCCCCACACAAUGGCCCCUGCAGUGGCUGUUGCUACCUCCCAUGGGUGAGGACAGGUCCUAGGCAGUCCCCUACAUUGGUUCCCCUGGGUCAGGGUGGACCCUAGACAAAGGCUGCUGUG